GUCCGUCUUCGUCGCCUACUUUCUCUUCUUACAUAACUCCCGUUAUCCCAGAGGCUUCAUCCUCUCAGACUUACUGUAACACUCUUUGGGUCUGAGACUGAAUUGUCGCGCGGGUACGGAUCAUCCCGUCUUAUCAGCAAAGACAGACUCGAUCUUGUCUUCGUUUCCCCUCUAGCUUACCAUCUCCAAAACCCAAACGGGUCGCUUUCUACCCCGCCAAAACUGCCGCCAUGAGUUUCGCCGGCAUGUUGAACAGGCUUCAUGGCCAACCCGAGAGCUACGAUAAGAAAGCUAAGUACAGGUUUGGUCGAACACUCGGAGCUGGAACAUAUGGAGUCGUCAGGGAGGCUGAUGGCCCAACUGGCAAGGUUGCCGUCAAGAUAAUCCUCAAACGAAAUGUGAAGGGAAACGAACAGAUGGUCUAUGACGAGCUCGAGAUGCUCCAGAAACUCAAGCAUCCUCACAUUGUCAAGUUUGUUGACUGGUUCGAGUCGAGAGACAAGUUUUAUAUCGUGACGCAGCUUGCUACCGGCGGUGAGCUCUUCGAUCGCAUUUGCGAGCAGGGCAAGUUCACUGAGAAGGAUGCCGCUGAGACUAUUAAGCAAAUUCUACUUGCUGUCGAUUUCCUUCACAAGAACAACAUUGUUCACAGAGAUCUCAAGCCCGAGAACCUCCUUUACCUCAGCAGAGAUCCCGAUUCUGACCUUGUCUUGGCCGACUUCGGUAUUGCCAAGAUGCUCGACGGAAAGGGCGAGUCUCUCAAGACCAUGGCUGGCUCUUUCGGUUAUGCUGCCCCCGAGGUGAUGCGCAAGGAAGGUCAUGGAAAGCCUGUGGAUAUGUGGUCCAUGGGUGUCAUCACUUACACUUUGCUCUGUGGUUACUCGCCUUUCCGCAGUGAGAACCUCCAGGACCUUAUCCGGGAGUGCACUGAGAACUCGGUUGUCUUCCACGAGCGAUACUGGAAGGACGUCAGCAACGAUGCAAAAGACUUCAUCUUGCAUCUGAUCAACCCAGAUGCUGAUCAGCGUUGGACCAGCGAGGAAGCUUUGGGUCAUAUCUGGCUCACCGGAAAGAACGCUACCGACUACAACUUGUUGCCCGAGAUCAAGUCUUUCCGCGCCAGAAGCCGAUUCAGGCGCAUCAUCGAGAAGAUCAAGCUCCAAGCACGUAUCGAGAAGCUCAAGGCUAUGGAGGAGGACCCGGAGAACUCGGAUCUUUCAGCUAUCUUCUCCGAGGUCGCCAGAGCAAAGCUCGCCGACGACAAGGAGGAGAAAGAAGUUCUCCGUGUCACUCAAGAGGUCGAAAAGGAUGCCAAGCGUCGAAGUUUCCAGGCUUAA